UUCAUCGGAUCGCCGCGAUCAUGUCUCAUCGCAAGUUUUCGGCGCCCCGUCAUGGGUCCAUGGGCUUCGUGCCCAAGAAGCGGAGUAAGCGCAUCCGCGGCAAGGUCAAGGCGUUCCCCAAGGACGACCCCACCAAGCCCAUCCACCUGACCGCCUUCCUGGGCUUCAAGGCCGGCAUGACACACAUUGUGCGCGAGGUCGACAAGCCCGGAUCGAAGGUGAACAAGAAGGAGGUGGUUGAGCCGGUGACCAUCUUGGAGACCCCGCCCAUGAUGAUCGUCGGCGUGGUGGGCUACAUCGAGACGCCCAAGGGGCUGCGCGCCUUCAAGACCAUCUGGGCCGAGCACCUGAGCGAGGAGUGCCGCCGUCGCUUCUACAAGAACUGGUACAAGUCCAAGAAGAAGGCGUUCACCAAGAGCUGCAAGCGCUGGCAGGAGGACGUAGGCCGCCAGGAGAUCGAGCGCGACUUCAAGAAGAUGAAGAAGUACUGCAAGGUGAUCCGCGUGCUGGCCCACACCCAGAUGAAGCUCAUGCACCGGCGCCAGAAGAAGGCCCACAUCAUGGAGAUUCAGGUGAACGGUGGCACCGUGGGCGCCAAGAUCAAAUGGGCCCGCGAGCACAUGGAGAAGCCCGUGCCAGUGUCCCAGGUGUUCUCCCAGGACGAGAUGAUUGACGUCAUCGGUGUGACCAAGGGCAAGGGCUUCAAGGGUGUGACCAGCCGAUGGCACACCAAGAAGCUGCCCCGCAAGACGCACAAGGGUCUGCGUAAGGUUGCCUGUAUCGGCGCGUGGCAUCCGAGCCGCGUCCAGUUCACCGUGGCCCGUGCCGGUCAGAAGGGUUUCCACCACCGCACGGAGAUCAACAAAAAGAUCUACCGCAUCGGCCAGGGUGUCCACAAGAAGGACGGCAAGCUGGUGAUCAACAACGCCGCCACAGACUACGACACCUCCAACAAGAGCAUCACUCCCAUGGGUGGCUUCCCCCACUACGGUGUGGUCAACUGUGACUACGUCAUGCUCAAGGGUUGCAUCAUGGGACCCAAGAAGAGGGUCAUCACGUUGCGCAAGUCUCUGCUGGUGCACACCAAGAGGACGGCGCUGGAGAAGAUCACGCUGAAGUUCAUCGACACAUCGUCCAAGUUCGGACACGGCCGCUUCCAGACUCCGGCCGAGAAGCACAACUUCAUGGGCCCACUGAAGAAGGACAAUUGAAGGAAGAAGGUGCUGCGUAAUGUUCUUUCUGGCUCAGUGGUGCAAUAAAUGUGCAUUUUGGAGUCUC